AUGCAAUAUGUAUUGCCAUCGGACUUCGUUGCCUGCUGCAGCGCUGAUUUGCGGCGUAUCCAGUCAAAAUUACGUGGUUUGGUUCAACGGGCCUCAUCGAUUAUGCUACCGUGUCUUCUGGACCUCAUGGCUACGGAGUUGAGAGCAUGGAGAUCUAAGUGGAAAGAUCACUUUGAGGGUAAAGACCGGCCACAAUUGAAUGAUGACCCGUCUUUCAAUCCGGGGUGGUACCAUCUCACUGUGCUGAUAAAUCUAUGGGAGCACAGUGUCAGGCUUAAUGUCGCAUCCUCAAUACUUCGGCAACACACUGAUGGCCUCAGUGGCGUCAUGCCUGGAUUCUGGUCCCCCCCGGGCGAUGUUCCCAUGGACCUCGAUCUGAUGACCAUCCAACAGGCUAUUCAUUGGAACUAG